AUGUCGCUAGCAAGGACUCUAAAGCCUAUAAUUUGUCCGUCAAUUUUGAAUUCGGAUUUAUCAAAUCUAGCAGAAGACUGCAGGAGAUUACUGCAAGAUGGAGCGGAUUAUUUGCAUCUUGAUGUGAUGGAUGGCCAUUUUGUGCCUAAUUUGACCUUUGGACACCCUGUUAUCAGUUGUUUGCGACGUAAUCUUGGGCUGGAACCAUUUUUCGAUGUUCACAUGAUGGUUGAUAACCCGGAGCAGUGGCUGGAACCAAUGAAAAAGGCGGGUGCAAGCCAGUUUGUAUUUCAUUAUGAAGCAAUGGAAUCAGCUGAAAUCUGUCAAAGGUUUAUCGCUACAAUCAGGGAAUCUGGUUUAAAGGCCGGUAUUGCUAUAAAUCCAGAUACACCGGCAGAUAAAAUUCUGACUCUUACCGGCUUGGAUAUAAUUUUAGUAAUGACUGUCAACCCUGGAUUUGGAGGACAAAAGUUUAUGGCAGGUAUGAUGGAGAAAGUUCGACUACUUCGAUCAACUCAUCCAGACUUGGACAUUCAGGUUGAUGGUGGCGUUACGUUAGAGAACAUAGACAUUUGUGCGAAAGCUGGUGCUAAUGUCAUUGUUUCAGGGACAGGGAUUGUAAAAGCUCCCAAUCCAGCAGCCGUAAUUUCAGAAAUGCGGGAAAGAGUUUCAUUGGCUUUAAAGGAAUAA